AUGGCUGCUACUUUGGAUACAAUGAGCGAUACAUUACCUGAAAACAAGGCUUCAGAACCACAAUAUAUCGAACUGGAAGAUUCCCCAGUAAAACCUAAGAUACAAUCAACUAUAGAUACAAUUCAGCAAACAACACCUCAAAAACCAAACUUCAAUACACCAGCAAAAGAUGUGUUGAACCAAGAGCAACAAAAUUCAAAUAAUAGUACGCCUUCAAAGACUCCUAAGCAGAAACAAAAAGAAGAGGAAAGAAUUGCUAAACUUAAGCAAAAAGAAUUAGAGAAACAAGAAAGGGAAAAAGCAAAAGAAGCUGAAAAACAAUUAAAGGAGCAAAAACGUCUUGAAAAAGAACUUGAGAGAAAGAAGGCAAAUGAAGAAAAGGAAAGAAUCAAGAAGGAAAAAAGAGAUCAAUUGCAAAGAGAAAAAGAAGAAAAAGAGAAACAAAGAUUGAAAGAAAAGGAAGAAAAGGAGAAACAAAGACUUGAAGAGAAAAAGAGGAAAGAAGAGGAACGUUUGAAAAAAGAAGAAGAAAAACAAAAAAUUGAAGACGAAAAGAAGAAAGCUGAAGAAGAGAAAUUAAAACAAAAGCAAAAAUUACAAAUUUCAAAUUUUUUCAAACCAAAAUCUGUCGUCAAGAGUUCAACAAUUACUGAUGAAUCUACAACUAAAGAAGAAUCUUCUAAUCUUGAUUAUUCAAGAUCAUUCCAUGAGUUUUACCUAAGGGCAAAUGUUAAGCUUUUACCACUUCCAAACAAAAUUGAUACUAAAUCAUUUGAUGAAAAUUUACAAUCUUCUAAACCAAAUGAUUUGAAAAAUUGGUUUCAAUCUAAGCAUAAUCAAGAUAAUCUUAAUGAUAUCCAAGAAAGUACUACUGCUAAAUAUAUUUUUGAAAAUCAAUUAGAUGCUGCACCUUUGGAAUUUAAAUAUAUUAGAUUUUAUGAAAAUAUUAGAACAUAUAUUGGAACAUACACAAAAGAUCCAAAACUAGGGAUUGGGAGAAAUCCAUUUUUGUCCAUUGAAACUCCGUUUAUAGAUUGGGAUGAUGAACAAGAGGAGGAUGAAGAAGGGGAAGGGGAAGAUAUAGAUGAAGAAGAUGACGAUGAAGAUGAUGAAGACGAUGAAGGAAGUGAAGAAGAUUUAUCAGAUUUCUUAGAAGAUGAUAAAAUAACAAAUACAAAGAAAAGAGCACUUGGUCCAUUAGUACCCAUUGUUCAUUGGCAUGAAACAUCUGAAAUUGAUUUGAAGCUAGAAAUCUUAAAAGAGAAUGUUACAAGUAUAGAUCCAUUUCAUAAUUAUUGGGAAACUAUAACAAUAAAUUCAGAUGGUGUAUCGAUAAGUGAAGAACCAAAACCCAAAAAGACCAAAACAUUAAUUUUAGAAAGAAAUGAUUUAGAAAUUUUUGCUAAAGAAGUUCAUAAUACUGAUUUCACCGUACCAACUAUGGUCGAAUUAUUAAAGAAAAAAUUACCAAAUUAUACCAAACUAACCAUUGAAAAUACAUUAAAAGCUUAUGCUAAAAAAGUUGGUCCAAAAGCUACAGAAAAGAAAUGGGAAAUUGAUACUGAACAAUUGAAAAAAGCCAUGGGAGUUUGGUAA